AUGGGUACCGUGCAUGCUAAGGCACAAACUGAAAAUGUAAAUUCAGUGGGAGGUGGUUUAUUUGACUUCGAGGAACCAGAGACACUAGAAGAAGCCAUCCCCAAACCGACUAUUAAGCUUAAUGGUGUCAGGGCUCGUGUGGACAGAGUCCACGUGGACGGUCUGAGCAGGACUAAAGACGACAUUGUCCGCAGUGCUGUCGAUGAACUUUUCCAUGCAACCGACUUUGAAGAUGUUAUCCUGAAGGCACACAAGGUUCGUCGCUCACUCGAUUCAUUGGGAUGUUUCAAAGAUAUUGGAGUGUUCAUAGAUGUAUCUAAUGGUCCGGGUGCUACUCCUGAAGGGCUUGAGGUGACUUUCCAAGUUCGCGAAUUAACUCGUAUCGUUGGCGGUAUUAACACAACAGUUAGCGAGAAUGAAGGAAAUCUUGUUCUUGGUGUCCGCCUUCCGAAUGUAGCGGGGCGUGGUGAACGAGUGUCGGCAGAGUACAGUGUGGGCCAUCGCAGCUCAUCUAACUUUAGUGUCGCUGCCACAAAACCCUUCACUAGGAGCGCCUUACAACCUGUGCUAACGACUUCAGUGUACCAACAAAACCACGAGUAUCCAUGGUCUGGGUAUAGACUUCUAGAUCGUGGGGUGUUGCUAGAUAUCGCUUUUAGAACUUCACCUGCUACAAAACAUAACCUACAAUGGGAGGGAAUGGUCCGCGACACAUCAGUACUGAGUAAAACUACCAGCUUUAAAGUUCGAGAAAGCAGUGGUCCCGUCUUGAAGUCGGUAAUCCGGCACAUAGUAACAGUGGAUCACAGAGACGAAUCGAUAUUCCCGACGCGCGGUACGUGGGUUCAAUUCUCGAGCGAAUUGGCUGGACUCGGCGGCGGAGUCGCUAACAUCAAGACGGAAUUACAAGCGGAGGCUAAUAAGGAGAUUGUACCUGGUUUUGUAGUCCAACUAACUGGGGCAGCGGGAGUGCUACACGACGUCUUCGGUACGGAGCUGCCGGAGUUCUUCUAUCUUGGAGGGCCAGCGACGUUACGGGGAUUCCAGCAGAGAGGUGCGGGACCUCAUUGCGAUGGUCUAGCGACUGGUGGCACUAUGUAUUGGGCGUCAGGUCUGCACCUGUACACCCCCCUCCCCUUCCAGCCGGGGAAAGGUGGACUAGGAGAGUUGUUUAGAUCUCAUCUCUUCCUCAAUGGUGGCUGUUUGGCGCACCCAGAGGAGAAUAGCCAAGCGAUAAUCGAAGCGUUGUCCGCUGUGCGGGUCUCGUGCGGCGCCGGAGUGGCGUUGCGCGAGCGCGGGAGAUGCGCCUGCGCCGGGUCUGCAACUGGGUGUCUCAGCGCACUUCUUGUAGAAGUACAAAAGGGACCGAAUUUAAUACAUAUAAUAGUUCUGAUGAAACAAAUGUAA